AUGGUGCGAAAGAUUACCCCAGAGGAGUGGAAACGCCACGAGGAUAUUAUUCAUCAUCUCUACCAUGUCCGUGGGUUACCUCUGUGCAGCAAGACCGGUGGCGAAAGUGUGCAGAGUAUUAUGGAAGCAGAGCAUCAGUUCACUGCCAGGUAAGGUUAAGGCUUCCGAGCUGCAAUCUUACGUUCACCAAAUCUCAUUUGCUCUUAUAGUCUCUCCCAAUACGAGGCUCAUUUCAAGUCACGUUACCAACCCAAGAAUUUCAAAAAGGAAGAAUGGAGGGCAGUGAAUGCCCAACUUCGUGAACUCGAAGCGAGGGGGCUGAAAGUUCGCGUUAAGCUUUCGGGUAAAGUUCUUAGCGAGAAACAACGCCAGAUGAAAAACGAGGAACUUAGGACCCCCACCUCCUAACCCUGGCACAACAAGUGGUAUGUUAUUCAGAAUUCUAUCACCGUAAAAGUAUUAACUCACGAGCCAGAAGCAAAUGUUGCGCCUCGUUCUAGCAAUCUUGUUAUCGAGAUUAAAGGCGAAAACCAUGAGUGGACAACGUACACCGGAAAUGAAGUCACUCGUACCAAUGUAUUAUCAUCGUCUAUUACCAGCGUACUUUCAAUGGGUCAAAUAGAACCAUCAAUAACAAGCGACGGCCUCGAAAACCAUUCUUCGAGCCCACAAAACCUUCCAGUCACUGGUAUAGCUGCAAACGAUACAAUCAAUCACACCCCAUUUCAAAACUAUACGGGCGAACGUGAGGAAUGUUCAAUGAUUGUCAAUCAAUCACAGAAUUCUCCUCCACUAUCAGCGGAUUCGCAGGCCCUUUCGAUCCAAAUGAUGGACUUUGAGCUAAUGCCCGGCUUUAUGUUGGAAAACGAUCUGUUUCAACCUUUGUUUUGGGGGAACCCUCAUUCUUGUCAGUACUGGGACCAGGAGUCGCCGUUUUCUCAACUGCAUAUGACUUUCUUGGGCAAAGCUCUUGGGAAUCGACUUAGCACCGGAGAAACUACCACGGCCCUUGCGCUAUCACUUCUCAGAGAAGUUCCUGACAUUAGGGCUGAUGCUCCUGUGGUUCGCCGGCUACCUGGUACUGAUGAGGUCCNUCUCUCCCUUGCGCUAUCACUUCUCAGAGAAGUUCCUGACAUUAGGGCUGAUGCUCCUGUGGUUCGCCGGCUACCUGGUACUGAUGAGGUCCUCGAGAAUCUGUUUUCGCUCUUACCUGAGGCACUCCAAGUAUACAAUGACCAAAGCGGGGACCAAUUCCACAUCACGCUUUUGUAUUCGAUUGCCAACGGGUUUGCUGGCCUGGCCGAUAUUCUAUCUGGAGCAUAUUGA